AAAGAACGAAAGCAGGCCUGAUAGCAAUACGAGAGGAGAGGCGUUAGAGGGCGCGUGGCACCUCUGGGGCGGCGAUUGGCUGGGCUGCUGAGAAGGCGGCAGCUGAUUGGCUGGUUCAAAGCUGAGUGGACAGUUGGACGACUGCUGCGGAUGGCGGGCGCCACGAAGGGAUACUGAGGAGAGAAAGGAGGAGAUGGCAAAGAGGCGGCGGCAGGACGCCGGAGAUCAGAAUGACAAGCCCAAGGUCUUCAUUAUGGAUGAGACAGUAGCUGAAUACAUUAGGAGAACUGUGCUACGGAUCCCACGUUCAGAAAUAGCAAAAAUGCUGGCUACAUGGGGGUUUCUGUCUGAGAUACAGCUCCAGUCUUUAAACAUCCAUCAGAUAAAAGAAAAUGUGUCCCAAGAAGUAGUUCAACUCUGUGAGGAAAAUUGUGCAACUAUCAAGCAUGCAGCAAAUCUAGACAUAAUUUACAACUACACUUACAGAGACAAAAAGCUUUGGACAGUUUAUCAAAUGACUAGAGAAGCAGGUGAUGAAAGUGACUUUUUUGACUUGGCAAAUUUCAAAAAGAAGUUUAAAAGAGGACUUCAGUCAGCUCUGAAAAAUGUAACUAUCAGCUUUAAAGAAUUUGAAGACAAUGCCAUUUGGAUUCGAAUUGCAUGGGGAACACAGUGUACAAAACCAAACCAAUACAAGCCAUCCUAUGUUGUCUACCAUUCACAGACUCCCUAUGUCUUCAUAUCCAACUCUAUAUAUAGGAGCUGCAUACAAUUGCUUUGUCAGGCCCUGUUGGUUGCUACCAGUUACAAUGAUAUCCAUGAAAUGGACCUCCGAAGUCGUUGUUUAGACUCCCUUAAAGAUAUUGUACUUAAGCGGUAUAGCAAGAGCUUUCAAACCGAUCAUCCACGACCUCUACAAGAAAGAAACAGCACUCUGGAAAGAGUGGAUCCAAGGAUAAUUCAGGAAGAUAAACUUAAAAAGGAGAGAAUUCAGAGAAUUAAUCAGGAAGCCUUUGGUGAUGGUCCUCAGCCAAAACUAGAAUUUGCACAAUAUAAGCUUGAGACAGCAUUCAGAAAUGAACAAGAACAAGAAAAGGGCAUCUUGAGAAAUAAAGAACCAUUUAGAUGUAUGGUGAAGUUUUCUAGUCCUCAUCUUUUAGAAUCGCUGAAGUCACUCGCACCUGCUGGGAUGGCAGAUGCUCCCCUUUCACCAUUACUUACUUGCAUCACCCAAAAAGCUAGGAACUAUUUUAAAAUUAGUGAGAAAAAAAGUGCACUUUCACAAAGCUUUGCAUGCUAAUGGCAUUUUUAAAGUAGAUGAAGGGACCAAUUACUGUAUAUCUCCUCUGAUUAUUUGUUUCUCUUCAGCAAAAUAAAAUAUGGAAUCUGCUCCCCUGAGCUUGCUAAGUUCAUCAAAGUACAGUAUAACAAGAAAAAAUAACAUAUUGGCAGGAUAGCUGAUGUGACCUGUUGACAAGAGUCUGUACUUCCUGUACAAUAAGCAGGUGAACUUUUCUUUGGCUGUGCACAGUAUUAACAGAAGACAGCUCACUGUGGCAAGCCGUAUGAUAAAGGUUUUGCAAAGUGAGCAAGUGACUGAAGUUAGACAUUGUGGUAUUAUCUUUAGAGUGCUUGAUUGUUUAAGCACAGGAUGGCAUUAGGCAACUUGUAAAAAUUCUUAUUUUAUUAAAAUGGUAUUAAAAUUUAAUAAAUAUAACACUGUAAAGUUAAGUAGUUUUUAAAAUAUUUUAGCAAAUAGCUGUGUGAUUAAAUUAAAUAAAUUUAUUAAAUUAAUGAAUGCUGAUUAGUGCUUGUGUCCCAAUUUUUUCACAAGAGUAAAUAACAAAACUUAUAUUUUAUAGCAUUACUAAUUCCAGAAGAACUGGAAUUAGUAAUGCCUUCCCUUGAACACUAUCCCUAUUACUCAGAGGAAGGGGGUUAAAAAUGUUUAUUCUUUUAAAACGUUUUAAUAAACUAUCCCUAUUACUCACAUGUUCUUACCCCAAAAUGUAGUCAUCAGCAGUGAGGCAGAUAUGACACAUAGAAAACUCAGGCUGUGGGUAAUGAGGGAAAUUUUGAAAUAGCCACCCCAAAUAACAAAAUACUAACCCUGAUUCAAGCACUGCAAAGUCUGAGCAUGUAAUUGGCCCUAUUAUACUGGCAGUAUCUGCUUUAAAUCUGGCAUUUGUGCCUUUGCUGAAUUAGAAUCCAAUUUCCAAAGAAGGUUGGGAGACAAUAGAUAGUAUCCAACUAUAGGUCAGAGUAAACCCUUCUACUCUGAAUAAGUCUAGCAUUGAAUACCACCCAACAUAUUUUGGAGAAUGAAAGAUUUAUUUACUACAGAUGUGAAAUCAGCACUUUGAAUUUUAAAAAGUAAACACUGAUGCCAAUAAGUGCAUAAUCCAACUAGUGAAGCUAUUUCCUCUUCUUUAAUAUAAGGGUAGAGACACAUUUACUGUUCUGCUGGUUCCAGUGCACUUCCACCUCUUUUUUCUGAAAAUGGGGGCACACGCUAGUCAACCCCUGCCCCUUUUUACUGUAAAACCUGGUGUGAUCAGCUCAAGUGCAUUUUUUUAAUUCGCUUGAGACAGACUUUGCAACUGAUCGGCAGAUCAACCUGUUGCCCCUCCAGGUGUGGCCAAUGGAAACGCUUUGCUGUAGGCGACUAGUGUGCUCAUAGCCUCAGCUUGUUUUAGAUUGGCUCCUUCUAUUCUUGUAUGCUACCCUAAGCCUAAUUGUGGAAGUUUGUUCCUGUGAAAUCACUUGGAUUUACUUGUCUAUACAUUUACAUAGGGUUAGUGUCAAACCACAUUGAGAGGAACAGGCUGCAAAAAUGGAAGUUGGGCAUUUAAGACUGGAAGUUAACUGUAUAGAUGUUUUUAACUUAAAUACAUACUUUUCUCUAAAAUCUUAACUGUUUAUUGCAUUAUAUGUGUUUUGAAAUCCAUGACAUAUGAACAAUAUUUUAGAUAUCCUUUGCACUGGGAUUUUUCAUAUGCUUCAGUCCUCUCUUUUUGACAAUACGUAUUGCU